AUGUUUGAAUCAGAAAACACCAAAUCUUGGGUGCACGACCAAAUAGCGGAGUUACAGAGGAAACUUCAACUUUUAGAGAGCGACAUGAGCGCUUCCUAUGAGAACUCUCGCUCAGCCCUGGAAAGGAACCAGCAGCAUAUCCUGCAGCUGCAGGAGGAAAACAGGGAGCUGAAGAAGAGGGUGUCAGAUGCAGAGGCUGAGGAACAACAAUUCAUCCAAUCAGCUUUACACGGCCGAGGCAUGGAAAAGGACACUGGGCCAUCAGUGUCAGGAAAGGCAGCCCUGUCCAAACUUGAGCACCGGGUGGCGUCCAAGAUGAAACGACUCAACGCCCUUAAACACACUACUUUGACUCACCAGCGCCGUCUUGAGGACCUGAAAAGGGAGUGCCUCAGACUGGAAGCUGUGGGCUGCAACCAGGCCAUCUCUGAAAAGGAGGAGAUUACAAUGAAAUUGCGGUCACUGCAGACCUGUUUGGAGAAGAACCAGCUCAAGUGCAAGGAGGCCGCAAACAUCAUGACUAACUAUUUAAAACUGAAACGUCAGUUGCAGGAGGAAAAUCCAACUUUCCAGGGUCAGAUUGACAGUCAGGAAGCAGAAAUCCAAAAGUACAGGAAGGAACUGCAGGAAGUGCAAGAUAUGAACAACAAAGCCCAACUCUUAAAGGAAACAGCAAUUGCUGAGUUACAGGAACUGGAGGAGGUUUUCUUCAAGGAGCACCAAGAGAAAGAUUAUCUUUUGGCUGUCUACCGAAAAAGGGUGCAGGAGAUCAAGGCCCGGGCUGAAAAGAUAGAUGCUCAAAGGAAAAACGUACAACAGGAUGAGCUGAACACUGAAGCGGAAGCUGGUGCUGCUAAAAUGUCUGAAGAAAUGGAACAGAGUAUCAGCGUGUUUGAUGAGACCAUCCAAAUUAUGAAGGAAGCCACUGGUUGUUCUGAUACACAGGAGGUCAUGGAUCGUUUCAACACCCAGAGGGAGACUCACCGACAUGUUCAAGCAAUGAAAUCAGAGAAUGAAUAUGUUCUCCAGCAGCUAAGGGAACAGAAGGUGCAGUUAAUGGAGGAGUUGGAUAACAUGAAAUAUUCAGGAGAAACACAACUGUCCAGUGAGCAGAAGAAGCUGGAAGAGUGUGAGCAGGAGCUGGUUGUGAGACAGCAGAACUGUGAAAAAGCGAAGGAAUGUUUGUCUUCUCUUGUUGCAACCCUGAGCACUAUCCAAGCUGGAGUGGAGCACCUAGCAGAAAAACUUAGUCCCAUUUCUCUGAAUGAACCACCAUCAAAUGUGUCUCCUAACUCAGAGGAGUUUGGGGUGGUGCUACUCAAUCAGUGUGAACGGAAGGUGCAGUUACUGAAGAGCAAGCUUCAUGGUAAAGAUCUCGAAGAGAUUACAAAGGACAUGGAGGAAGAAGAGUUCUAUUUUACAAUUGAGAAACAACUGCCUACAUAUAACAAGCGAGUUGUAGUGACUGAAGACCAAGAGAUGGGCCUCAUAACCAAUGAGGACGAUAAUGAAGAGGAUGAUGGUAUCCUCACACGAGAGGCGCUGAAGCGCCGAUCUCAGCUAGUGAUUGACGCCAUGUCCAACAAGAAAUCUUGGAAAGGAAAAAAGGGCAAAUAA